AUGGUGUGGCUUCCUGAAAAGGGCCUGUAUAUGCCCAAGCCCAUAUACAAGGAAGGUUUCUUGGCGGCCACGAUCGUGACAUUCAUUUACGGGAAAGUACGCAUAGUCCAAGCGACCUGCAACCCAUCGGAAACGAACCCAACGCUCACCUCGAUGCUGAGGGCUAUACACAACCUCGGCAAGGACAAUUAUGACAAGGAGGUAGCCUUUGAUAUUCUGAAACGGAUUUUCUGUCCUUCCGAGCCCGCCGGGGAGCUCGCUAUGAGAGGAAAGCGAUAG